AUGGCUUUCGCCAGUGACCGCGGCUGCGACACAGCCCUGGUUACACUGAACCAAAUUGUAAGUCACAAUCUUGACAACCGCACAGAAACCGACCUCAUUCAGCUUGACCUGAGCAACGCCUUCGACAUCCUCAACAUUCUCGCUUUGCUGGACAAGGUGAAUGAGAUACCAGUGCCCUCAGGAGUGCUUCAGUGUUCUGUCCUUGGGCCGACCCUCUUCCGGAUUUACGUCACCGACAUGCCGCUGGAAAACCGCUUCCCCCUCGUGCAGUACGCGUACGACACAUUCAUUCUUUUCCCUAUCCUCUGUCCCACCACAAGUCAGAAUCUCCAGGAGUACCUAAUAGUGAUCGAGUCCUGGAUUGUUUCAAACCACCUGAAGCUGUCCCCUGCUAAAAGCAGUCUCGAGUAUCAUCAUUGCUGUUCCACCGGGUCGUCAGCCAUGACACAGCUGGUCGUCGUCAUUGCCGCCCUCCUAUCUGUGCUGCGUUGCUCGGCGAGCAAGGCCGCCGCGGCCGAUAGCGGCAAGCCGGCGGCUCUGGCAUCCUCGGUGCUGACGGUGCUCAAGCGCGCGGCCAGCGUCACGCCGAAGAAUCUGAGCCUGGAUGAGCGCGAGCCAGUGCUGACGCUCACCUGCACCGUGGGAUACAGCAACUUCGGUGCCGUAUUCUGGACGCUGUACGACCGUGACCUGCGUGACAUCGGCCACGUGGAGGAGACGAGCGCGCUCAUGGACGACGGCCGCACCAUCGCCAAGGUGUCCGUGCUGCGCAUCGGCGGCUGGCAGGUGCUGCCCACCGAGUCCGGCGCCUACCCGUUCAAAUGCAACACGUUCGCAGACUUCAAGGUCGCCUCGGACACGGCCCUGGUGAAAAGCGAGCUGACGGACACGUGCACACCCUCGGAUGGCAAGUGCGAGGCCCGGGGCGCCCGCUGUGUGCAGGGACGCUGUGCGUGCGUCGACGAGCGGCACCCGCUGCGCCUGCGCUCCGUGCACACCGUGUGCUGGCCCAAGGCCCGGCUUGGAGGCCGCUGCUAUUUUCAGGAACAGUGCAGCGUGACAGCGCACAGCGAGUGCGUGGUGAAUUUGGGCUGGUGCGCGUGCCGAGAAGGGUUUGCUCGUUCGACCGACAGCUGCGAAGCGAAACCCGAAGGUGGCCUGAGGGCGCGCUGCACGAAGCACGCUGACUGCCGAGCGGCCAACGCGCGCUGCGUGUACAGCCACUGCGAGUGCCCUAGCGGAACGCUACUUGCCACCAAGGACGCCACAGAGUGCCUGAACGCGGUUGCCGUGCCCGAAAAGACGCCCGCCGCGCCGGUGCACUUGGCGCCCGUGGUGGCUCGGCAAGAGGAGGCUCCCGAGGAGCCCUUCGUUCGGCAAGCCGCACAAGCACAUCCGCGACUUGCCUAUCGCCGACGAGUGAAUGUACCAAUCGGAACGCGGAAAUAA